CCCCCAGCAAUGUCUCAAGACGAGAAGGUGAGGUCGUCGGUCGACGCCUCUCGCGACACGGCGCAGCCUGUCCUCCCCACGGUGAACCCUGAUGCCCAGAAGUCGGCUCCCGAGUCGUCUUCCUUCCAUCCUUCUGUCUACAUUGCCACCUGGAUCGCCCUGAGUUCCAGCACAAUCGUCUUCAACAAGUACAUCCUCGACACGGCCAAAUUUCACUUCCCAAUCUUCCUCACAACAUGGCAUCUCAUUUUCGCCACCGUCAUGACCCAGAUCCUCGCCCGCUUCACCUCCGUCCUCGACUCCAGGAAGAAGGUGCCCAUGACGGGCCGCGUCUACCUCCGAGCCAUUGUCCCCAUCGGCAUCUUCUUCAGCAUGAGUUUGAUCUGCGGUAACCAGGCAUAUCUAUACCUCAGUGUGGCCUUUAUCCAGAUGCUCAAGGCCACCAUGCCUGUCGCUGUCCUCAUCACCACCUGGGUCCUGGGUGUCUCGCCCGUCAACUUCAAGACGCUCGGGAACGUGUCGUUCAUUGUCAUUGGUGUCGUCAUUGCCUCGAUGGGUGAGAUCCAAUUCGUCAUGGUCGGUUUCCUGUUCCAGUGCGCCGGUAUCGCUUUCGAGGCUAUCCGCUUGGUCAUGGUUCAGCGUCUGCUCAGCGGCGCCGACUUCAAGAUGGACCCCCUCGUCUCGCUCUACUACUACGCCCCCGCGUGCGCCGUCAUCAACGGCUGCAUUUUGAUCUUCACUGAGCUUCCUGCCAUGACCAUGGCUGAUGUGGACCGCGUCGGCCUUUUCACCCUGUUCGCCAACGCAUCCGUCGCCUUCUUGCUCAACGUCUCGGUCGUCUUCCUGAUUGGCAGGACCUCUUCGCUCGUCCUCACGCUUUCCGGUGUGCUCAAGGACAUUCUCCUUGUCUUCGCGUCCAUGUUCCUCUUCAAGGACCCCGUCACCCUCCUCCAGGCCUUUGGUUACUCCAUCGCGCUCGGCGGUCUUGUCUACUACAAGCUGGGUGGAGAGAAGCUCAAGGAGUACCUUGGCCAGGGUAGCAUGAAGUGGCAGGAGCUUGGCCACAGCAGGCCUGUGCUCCGCAAGCUCAUGGUAUUCACCGCCGUCAUCAUUUCCAUGUUCUUCAUUCUGGGUUCCCUCGGACCACGCUACGCUCCCGACUCGACCAACCAGGUCUAUAACGGUAUUGGCAAGCUCAUUGGCGACAAGGCUGUAUAAAGCGCCCCGUGUCCCCAGCCAGCGAAUACUAUUUUGCAACAUGAAGCGAGCCCAAUCGAUCAAGUCUGCGCCAGCAUCUCGCGCCUUUGUUCUUCUUUGUCUUUUUAUUGUUGUUUGGAGUAAGCCUCACAUGUACGGGAUUCACGUUAUACGCAUAGACCAGCGGGCCUCUCUCAACCCGAGGGAGCCUGCUUUGAGAAGCUCUUGAUUCAGGAUGCAACCCUGGGCACACUUGUCGGGGAACAAUGACGGGGAAACGAAGUGACACGGUUUUUGUCAUAUAUAGACCUUGCAGGCAUUCACAGCGACUGCGAGCGGAAGAUACAUACUUUCU